GAGAGAGAGAGAGAGAGAGAGAGAGAGAGAUAGAUGGAGGUUGAACAUUGCAACCAUCCGCAUCCACUGACCCCCAGUAAAAAGAAGGGUGAUGGUGAGGAAAUUGUCUGCAAUAGAUGUUGUCGAAAGAUCUUAGGUUCUGCAUAUUGUUGCAGAAAUUGUUCCUUCUUUUUGCACGUAGUUUGUUUAAAACCACCCACAUGGUCGAGGUUUCCACAAUACCAUCACCAUCCAUUAUUUACAUUGAGAUUGACACCCAUUAAAGAGGAGAACGAUGAUGAUGAGGAGGAAAUUUUCUGCAAGGGAUGUUGUCAAAAAAUCGUAGGUUCUGCGUAUGGAUGCACAUAUUGUUCUUUUUAUUUGCAUAAAUUAUGUGCCGAACUACCCAAAGAGAUGACACAUCCAUUGCACCCACAACACACUCUUAAAUUAGUCCAUCCACAACACUUCAGAUGUCAUUGUCAUUCCUGCGGCAAAAUUUCAGAUGCAUAUGCCUAUUUUUGUUCCCGGUGCAAUUUCAAACUCGACAUAUAUUGUGCUUUGAAAACACAAACUGUUGAACACAAAAGUCACAAACACCCACUAAGUCUCGUUCUCAGCUCGGCCUCCUUUGAAUGUCACGCUUGUGGCACAAAACACGAAGGCAUCUCUUAUAUGUGUAGCACGUGCACAUUUUGGAUCCAUGUGGAUUGUGCUUCCUUACCAACCACCAUCAAACACAACGGCCAUGUUCACGAUCUCAAGCUCGUCUACACUUUGUUUUCUAAAGAUGAACCCUUCAGUUAUCUUUCUUCAAUAAAUUUUGGGGAUUGCUGUAUUUGCAAGAAAAGGUUGAACACAAACUUUUGGUUUUACGCUUGCAAAAUAUGCAAAUAUCAUGUUCAUGUGAAUUGCCGGACAAAGACCAAAUUUAGGGAAACCAACACUGCAAUCAAGAUUGAGGAUCUUGAUAUGGCCAAUUUGAUUCACUUACCACUACUGCCUAAUGAAUCAGCCAACCUAAUUGCCCAAUCUGUGAAGCUGAUGAACUUGGAUGACUACAAUAGAGAAGAAAAACUUGAACAUUUUUUCCAUAGUCAUGCAUUAACCCUUUGUAAUCUGGACGACAUUGAUCUGUUCUCGGGAAGCGAAUUGUCUAUCCUGAAUAAGCAGAAUAUUGACAUAACAUGUGACGUGUGGUGUGUGUGCAACCCAUCAACGCUUCAUUUUACAAUUGCAAUCAGUGUAAUUUUUUUGUCCAUGAAUGGUGUUCCAAGCUAAUUGAUAAGUUCACCCUAGUUCGAGAAAAUAAUUUCGAUUGCGAGGGUUGUGCAGCAAAAAAUUGCAUCGGAUUUCAGUUUCGGCCCGAAUAUUGGGGCAGAGGUGAUCCGCGCUACUGUUAUCAUCUCGACAUUAAGUGUGC